CAAACACAAAACACUACAACUCAUACAGAUAUCUAUCUACCUAAGAUGGAAGGCAUCGAGCACAAAAGCGUGAACGUUAACGGGAUCAACAUGCACGUGGCGGAUAAGGGGCAAGGCCCCGUCAUCCUCUUCCUCCACGGCUUCCCGGAGCUGUGGUACACCUGGCGCCACCAGUUGCAGUUCUUCGCCGCGCUGGGCUACCGCGCCGUGGCGCCGGAUCUCCGCGGCUACGGCGAGACGGACGCCCCCUCCCACCCCUCUGCCUACACUUGCCUCCACGUCGUGGGUGACCUCGUAGCGCUCAUUCAGUCCCUUGGGGUCGAUAAAGUGUUCUUGGUGGCUCAUGAUUGGGGCGCCAUUAUUGGAUGGUAUUUCUGCAUGUUCCGCCCUGACUUGGUGAAGGCGUUUGUCGAUAUCUCCGUGCCGUUCCGCCCGCGCCACCCCACGAUGAAGCCGGUUGAAGCCAUGAGGGCUUUCUUUGGAGAGGAUUACUACAUCUGCAGAUUUCAGGAAGAAGGAAGGAUUGAAUCUGAUAUCGCCAUACACGGCAGUGAAAAAGUUCUGAGGAAAAUAUUCACUGAUCGAAAAGCAGGGCCUCCAUGCUUACCAAAGGAAAAUCCCUUUGGCAUUUCCACGGAUGAUGCUAAACAGCCUAAAUUACCGUCUUGGUUAUCCGAACAAGACCUCAAGUACUACGCUUCCAAGUAUGACCUCAAGGGCUUUACCGGCGGAUUGAACUAUUAUCGCUCACUAGAUCUAAACUGGGAGUUAACAGCAGCAUGGACAGGGAUAGAAGUGAAAGUUCCAGUGAAGUUCAUGGUUGGGGAUAUGGAUAUGGUUUACACUACACCAGGAAUAAAGGAAUAUGUACAUGGGGGUGGGUUCAAGAAAGAUGUUCCAUUGCUGGAAGAGAUUGUUGUGAUAGAAGGAGGUGGCCAUUUCCUCAACCAGGAAAGACCAGAUGAGGUCAACCAUCACAUCCAUCAUUUCAUCAACAACUUCUCCUGAAUUGCAAUAUAUGUGUGUUUGUGUAUGGGUAUGCUGCUUCAAUUCAUUCUAUUGAAUAAACUUGUAGAGCGUGAACUAUGUUUCUGCUUUUCAAUUUAGACUUCUUUCUGCACCUCAGUUACCAUUGUCACACUUUUCUUUUUCUUUGGGGAAAUAACAUUUUAAUUCCCUAGUAUAAAUUUAUUAUAUAAGUUAUUUACAGAU